UCACCUUUUCUUGUGUAUAUAAAGCCAUAGUUGAGAUAAAACUCCAAACAACACACUUUGUGCAAUCCAUAUAUAUCUUCCUUGGUUGAGCUUCCCCCUCGCCUUGCACGACCAUUAGGCCAUGGCCUCGAGCUCAUUGACAUCUUCACGUUGCUCGUGGACGUCCAAGCAAAACAAGCAGUUUGAGGAGGCCCUAGCAAGGUACGACAAGGACACACCGGACCGUUGGCACAACAUAGCCAGAGCAGUUGGUGGGAAAUCAGCAGAUGAAGUGAGGAGGCAUUAUGAAGUCUUGGUUAAAGACAUUAUGCAAAUAGAGACUGAUCAAGUGCCCAUUCCCAACUACAGAGCCCUUGCAAGAGGAUAUGCCCAUGAACAGAGGCUUAUGAGUAAUCUCAAGCUGCAGUGAUGAGUAAAUCUUUCAAGAAGUACAUACUCCAUUAAAGUGUUGUGUAUUGCAUUUACAUAGUCUUGUGCCAACAAACAUCACAAAAAUUGUAAUAUAAGGUUCAAGAAAUAAGAGGUACCUAUAAUAUUAUAUGAGUAUUUUUUCUGUCA